AUGACGAAGCGUAAAGGAAAAGCGAAGGCAUCUAAGAGCCAGCCGACGGUCACGCCUCUUGAACACUUAUGGACGCCUGAUCCACAAGCGGAUGACAAUGUGGCAAUUAUGAUGGCACACGCCCUACCCAAAGAUGUCUUUGACGAUGUGACGAUGGGUAAACCACUCAAGUCUAAGAAGUCAAAGAAAAUUAAGGAGAAGAAGGGCGAAAAGGUCCCAAGAUGGAUUCGUCGGAAGACCCGCCAAAGCAACCGGAACAGCCGGAAUCAAAACCGGAGAGCCCAACGCCACAAGGUCAAGAGGCUCCGCAUUCCAGGAAUACAUGGAUCGGAAGAAAACCGGCAAAGAAAAUUCACGAAGUUGGCAUCCGCAUUCCAAGUAUACAAGGAUCGGAAGAAAACCGGCAAAAAAAAUCAAGGUGGAAGAGAAGUCGAAGAGUUCUUGCGAUGA